AUGGACGGCAUCUUCGCUCCGUUCGGUGUCCGUCUCGAAGCCAGCAAUACUCUCAUUCAAGCUGCCUUCUCUGCCUUUCUCCUGGUUGGUAUUGUAACUUUUGCUGCACCAAUCAUCAGCACCAUCCGUGUUCUGUUGAGCUUGUUUGUCCUCCCUGGCAAGUCUCUCUCCGAAUUCGGUCCUCGUGGCACAUGGGCUCUUGUCACUGGCGCGUCUGAUGGCAUUGGCAAGGAGUUCGCUCUUUCCCUCGCAGCCAAGGGGUACAACCUGAUCCUUGUCUCCCGCACACAGUCUAAGCUCGACUCCCUCUCCGCCGACCUCACCUCCAAGUAUGGACCCAAGACAGCAGUCAAGACGUUGGCGAUGGACUUUGCACAGAACAAGGACGCCGACUACGCUAAGCUGGCGAAGCUCGUGGAUGGACUCGACAUCUCCAUUCUGGUCAACAAUGUUGGUCUGAGCCAUAACAUUCCCGUUCCCUUCAACGAGACGCCUAAACAGGAGAUGAACGACAUCAUUGUCAUCAACUGCAUGGCUACCCUGAGGGUCACCCAGCUCAUCACCCCUGGUAUGCAGGAGCGCAAGCGUGGUCUUGUCCUCACUAUGGCUUCGUUUGGCGGAUUCUUCCCCACACCUCUUCUGGCGACCUACUCCGGUAGCAAGGCCUUCUUGCAGCAGUGGUCCACUGCUCUCGGUUCUGAGCUCCAGCCGUACGGGGUCCACGUCCAGUGUGUCCAGUCUCACCUCAUCACCACCGCCAUGUCCAAGAUCCGCAAGUCCUCCGCUCUCGUACCCAACCCUAAGCAGUUCGUAAGGGCUGUGCUUGCUAAGAUUGGUCGUUCGGGCGGCGCGCAGAACGUUGCCUUCACAAGCACCCCUUACUGGAGUCACGGUCUGAUGCAGUGGUUCUUGUCGAGAUUCCUCGGCGAGAGGUCGCACAUUGUCGUCAAGGUCAACCGCGGCAUGCACAUCGGCAUCCGCAACCGCGCUCUGAGGAAAGCAGAGCGCGAAGCCAAGAAACAGUAA